AAAUCGGUGAUAAACCAGUUUGACAUCAUGAACUAUACACAACUUUGGAUAACGCAAAGAGAAUACUCGAAGACUUCAGAAGUUCCUUUAUUUUUCGGAGGUUUGGAGCUUAUCAGGGUAAGGAUACUGUCGUGGCUACACACUUGCAAGGCCGUUGCAUCAUGGGCAGAAUAAAAAAGAUUUGUGGAGUAAUUCUGGUACUUUACUGCAUUGGAAGAGUUUGGUGGUCUGAUUUCUCUCUGAAAGAAUUUACUUCAAGAUUUACGACGCCGAUAUCACUGCUGAGAGACAAUACCGAGGAUUUUACAAACUUUCUCCUACGACUUGAAGAUCGCAUGCAGAAACGGAGAAAGAUGGUUGCGGACUACUGCAAGACACACAAAAUUAAUAACUCUCUCUAUCUAAAGGAGUUUGGGUCUGAUCGGCGUCAUUUUCAGGUCUUUCGGAAGAGUAARRUUAUCUAUUGUUUUGUUCCAAAAGUUGCAAGUACGCAAUGGACGGAAACUCUCUCCGUUUUGAAAAAGGAAGAUGAGCAAAUGAAUCGUGUGGCAAACACUACCGGAAUGAUUAAGAACAACUUAAAUUUUUUUUCUGAGCAAGAUGCUUGGAAAAUGCUGAAGAGGUACUUCACGUUCAUGUUUGUUCGUGAUCCGUUGGAACGUAUACUUUCCGCUUACAAAGACAAGUUACUAAAGGACAACAAAUAUUACCGAAAUGCUAUUGGCAGAAAAAUCAUCGCAAAAUUUCGACCAAACGCUACUCGACAAGCCCUUAAAACAGGUAGUGUUGUUACGUUUCCAGAAUUCACCGAUUUUUUGCUGCAAACAAAAGACUCCGAUGUGCACUGGAAAUCCUUUACCAACCUUUGUUAUCCUUGUGCAGUUAACUAUGAUUUCAUUGGACAUUACGAAGAUCUAGCUGAGGAAGCACCGUAUUUGGUCAUAAAGGCGGGAAUUGACAGACGCGUUUCGUUCCCAACUGUUCACGCGUCGAACACCACCGCUGAGCUGUCGUAUUAUUAUUCGCAAAUUCCUAAUACGAAAAUCUUGCAGUUGGUAAAGAUGUUCGAAAACGAUUUUAAAAUGUUUAAUUUUACGUUUCCUGGCAAACUAGCAAAGCUUUUUGAUUCUGAAAAUAGUAAAACAUAGAUUUGGGAAUGAUAUUUGAUCACACGGCAAAAGUGUUUACCUCGCUAUAACGGCCACACAAGGAAAGCAAAAUUAGUUUCUUAGAGCGGAUUUCGUAUG